AUGGACGAAGAUUCAAUCGAUGCUGAAGUUAAAUGUAGCAUUUGUACUGAGGCUUUCAUCGAUCCUGUAGUAAUAUCAUCUUGUAAGCAUAUAUUCUGUCGAUCAGGCAUCGAAACAGUAUUACAAGAUAAACCUGUUUGUCCUUUAUGCCGCCACGAGCCAAUUACUUUAAAUGAACUUCAAUUAGCUGAUCACACUAUGCUCGAUUAUCUCAAUCAACUUUUAGUUAAAUGUGACACCUGCUAUGAAAAAAACAUUCAACGAAAUCUUUUUGAUGAACAUAUCAAGAAAUUAUGUCCCAAAGUACAAGUGACAUGCUCUGCUGCCGAUCUCAAAUGUGGAUGGACAGGUUUACGUGAUCAACUUGAUGAACACGUUGCACAUUGUACUUUCGAAUUGAUGAGACCUAUUCUUGGUCAAUUACCUGUUAUGACCGAGGAAAUGAAACGAAUUCAGAAUGACAAUCAAGAACUUCAAUUACAAGUAAAUGGACUCGUACAUCGAUGUAAACAACUUGAAAGGAAGAUAAAUGGAUCUUGCAUGAUUCCAUUACGUGCUGCUGAAAUUGAUAUCAAUGCUAAAUGGACAAUAAAUGGUUUGACUCUAGCAGGAAGUAAUGAAGGCGGAAAUCGACUCAAUCAGCUUUGUCAUCCUCAAGGUUUAUAUUUGAAUGAUGAACAAACACUGUAUAUUGCUGACUUUUUCAACCAUCGUAUUAUUGAAUGGAAAUUGGGUGAAACCAAUGGAAAAGUUGUAGCCGGUGGAAAUGGGCCAGGAAAUAAUAACAAUCAAUUGAAUUAUCCAACUGACGUCAUCGUUGAUAAAGAGAAUGAUUGUCUUAUCAUUUGUGAUCGAGAAAAUCGACGAGUAGUUCGAUGGUCUCUUCAAGAUUCAGCAAGCGGAGAAACAAUCAUUUCGAAUAUUAGUUGUAACUGUUUGACGAUCGACGAUGAUAAAUUCUUGUAUAUCACUGACAUUGACAAUCAUGAAGUUAGACGUUGGCGUUUGGGAGAUACUCAGGGUGUAGUAGUGGCUGGCGGAAAUGGUCAAGGUGAUCGUGUCGAUCAACUUAAUUAUCCUACCUUCGUUUUUGUUGAUCGUGAUCAUUCAGUAUACGUGUCGGACUAUUCCAAUCAUCGUGUAAUGCAAUGGACAGAGAAUGCCAAAGAAGGAAUAGUCGUAGCAGGUGGUCAAGGCGAAGGAAACUCUCUUAGACAUUCAUAUUAUCCUGGAGGAGUCAUUGUUGAUCAAUGGGGCACUGUUUAUGUGGCAGACAGUGAAAGUCAUCGAGUGAUGCGUUGGCAAAAAGGUGCCACCGAGGGUAAAAUUAUUGCUGGCGAAAAUGGUAGAGGAAUACAAUCAAAUCAACUGAAUCGUCCAUCGGGAUUACUAUUCGAUAAACAUGGAAAUCUCUUUGUCUCAGAUUAUGGAAAUAAUCGAAUACAAAAAUUUGAAAUUCUGACGAAAUAUUCUUGA